AUUAUUCUCACAUCUCACACACCGGCACACCCACUUGCCACUUCCCCAUAAUCUAAUCUACACAUCCUCCUCCAAUUAAUUCAUAUCUAUCUGAACAGAGCAGAGAGGGGGGAGAGAGAGAGAGAGAAUCAGCGGUGUGUUUUGUCCAAAAAGUCCUGCUUCUACUUCUAGGGUUCCUGUUUCUUUGCCUUUUUACUUCUGCCAGUAUUUUAUAUAUUAUAUUUCUGAAAAAGAAGUAUCCUUUACCGAUCUUGUCUUCUCUCAGCCUUUCUUGCCGGGAGCGGUAGAAUUUGGAGCAUCAAAUUUUUGGCAUAUUGUCUGACUGCUUUUGAGUUGUAAGGGACAAUACAAUUCUGCUUCAUCAACUUAGAAAACAUAGGCAAUUCUGUUUGGUCAGCAGAUAUUGCUGUUGGAUAGAGGUUUACUAACGGAAGAAUUCUUUCUUUAGAUAGCAACCAAAGAGUCAGCUUAAAGAUGGGUUAUAUAUGUGACUUUUGCGGAGAUCAGAGGUCCAUGGUGUACUGCCGUUCUGAUGCUGCAUGUUUAUGUUUGUCAUGUGAUCGGAAUGUUCAUUCUGCUAAUGCUCUUUCAAAGCGUCAUUCAAGAAACCUUUUAUGUGAGAGAUGUAAUUCACAACCUGCUCUUGUAAGGUGUUCUGAAGAGAGGAUCACACUAUGUCAGAACUGUGAUUGGUUAGGUCAUGGUCCCACUACAUCUUCUUCAACACAUAAAAGGCAAACAGUCAAUUGCUACUCUGGCUGUCCUUCAGCAGAAGAAUUUUCUUCAAUAUGGUCAUUUGUCUUGGAUAUCCCGUCUAUGCGUGAAACUACCUGCGAGCAGGAACUAGGUUUGAUGACCAUUAAUGAGAACAGCAACAAAAGUGCUCGCGUUCCUCCAGAAAGCCAGAAUGCAUCUGGUUCAGCUCAAGCAACUGAUUUGCACACCUUUGAUAAGUCUUGGGUUGGGGCCUCUGCAAUGCCUGAGUCAAGCUCAGAACCUCAUAUUCUUGAUCCAUCAAAUGGACCUACCAAUGAAUGUUUGCCCAAGUUAAGCUGUCCAAGUACGAAAGGUCCUGUGCCAUAUGAAAAUGAAGAUGAUGACCUGUAUGGUGAUUUUGACAUGGAUGAAGUGGAUCUGGAUCUUGAAAACUAUGAGGAACUUUUUGGUGUGACACUCACUCAUUCUGAAGAACUCUUUGAAAAUGGUGGAAUUGAUAGCUUGUUUGGGACAAAGGGUGUGUCUGCUGCUGAGGGUUCAUUGGUUGGACCGGUCAAUGCUGUGCAACCAGCAUACAGCAAUGCAGCAUCUGCAGAUUCUAUUGUGAGCACUAAAACCGAGCCGAUUAUUUGUUUUGCGGGGAGGCAAGCACAAUCAAAUCUUUCUUUUUCUGGGGUCACGGGAGAGAGCAGUGCCGGAGAUUAUCAAGACUGUGAUGCUUCUUCAAUGCUUCUCAUGGGAGAGCCUCCCUGGUGUCCUCCUUGUCCUGAGAAUUCAAUACAAUCUGCCAACCGUAGCAAUGCUGUCAUGCGUUAUAAGGAAAAGAAGAAGACACGCAAGUUUGACAAAAAAGUGAGGUACGCCUCUCGCAAGGCAAGAGCCGAUGUCCGAAGGCGCGUGAAGGGCCGGUUUGUCAAAGCUGGGGAAGCUUAUGAUUAUGACCCUUUGAGCCCAACCAGAAGCUACUGAGUGACCUAGAUUUCUCUUCGAGGGGGGAAAAAGGGCAUGAACGAGGCGGUCCGACGCUUCCAACCUGUGUAAGCGCAGGAACAGAUUUGGUGUCCUUUGCUGUGAAGGGUAUGCAUUAUGCAAAGAUGUAAUGUGAAAUGACAAUACCACAUACACUGCACAACUUACAGGCAAUAGGUUUUUAUUGCCUCUCUGUUUAACUCAGACAAAUCACACCGCUUAAUUCGCCUCUAGAACCAGAAAAAUUCAAAAGAAUCCGUUUUGUUAGGCCUUAAUUAUCCUCCGGGUCUAUUCCCUGCCUGUGGCAUUAUAAGUAGCUCUACUUCAUAGUUGUAGACAAGCCACAAGGUUGUAACUUGUAAUGUUAUUUCUGGUCCCUUUUUUGCUUUGAUCUGUACAGCAGAAUAUGCAGUUGAGGUUUAAUUGCAGAAAAGGUUUGCUGGUACGAGAUCGGAGAAUCUGUAAAUUCAACGGGCAUGUAUAGAAUAGAAUGAUAAUACUUAAUAUGCUUAUAACAUGGAACAGUCUACAGAACACUUGUAUUGAAUAACUACUGUGGGUUUCUGUAUUGCACAGAAGUCUAAAAAUAAGCAGUAUUGUUCAUGACUUUUAAAUAAUGCAGCUUCUUAACAUUUUUAUUAU